AUUACGGCUAUUACGAAAAUUUGCUAGAAUGGCGGCGACAUGUGUAGUUCAUCCUAUGGAUGUAAUAAAGAAUCGAAUUCAGAUACAAAAGGAGAAAACUUCCGUUGGUAAGGUCGUCGCCUCCAUAUACAAAAAUGAGGGCAUUUUGAAAUUUUAUUCCGGACUUAGCGCUGGUCUUGUACGACAGGCGACUUAUACCACUGUAAGACUUGGUAUAUACAAUCAAUUACAUGAAUAUUGGAAAGAGAAGUACGUGGGCAAACCAAAUUUCGGUAUAAUGUCACUGAUGGCAGCCACAGCAGGAGCUAUUGGAGCCUUCGUUGGUACACCAGCAGAAGUCGCCCUCGUAAGAAUGACGGCUGAUGGCAGAUUACCGAAAGAACAACGAAGGAAUUACAAAAACGUGUUCAACGCGUUUACAAGAAUUUCUCGAGAAGAAGGAAUCACCACCCUUUGGAGAGGCAGUGUAGCAACGAUGGGACGAGCGGUGGUUGUUAAUGUAUCACAACUUGCAACUUACAGUCAAGCAAAAUUUUUAAUAUCCACGAAAUUGAAUAUACCGGAGGGUGUUGGUCUGCAUUUCUCUGCGUCAAUGUUAUCUGGAUUCCUUACUACCUUCAAUUCUAUGCCAUUUGAUAUAACUAAAACAAGACUGCAAAACUUGAAAGGUGUGGAAAAGCCACCUGGUAUGAUCGCGAUGUUAUUGUCGAUAGCGAAAACCGAAGGCAUAAAGGCACUUUGGAAAGGUUUCUGGCCUACAUAUUGUAGAGUAGGGCCACACACAGUACUAACGUUUAUCAUUAAUGAACAAAUUGCAAAAAUGUAUAGACGAUACGCAACAUAG